AUGGAGUAUGCUAAGACCCUUGAAGUUCUGCCCUCUCCUUCUAAGAAAUGCCAACAGACCAACAUCCAGGAUGUCUCUGACUCGGAAAUGGAAUUGGAGGAUAGUGGGGGUAUCAUUCCUUCCGACGAACCUUAUUAUAAGCCUGUAGAAGUAGGGGAGAUGAUGGUCACCCCUGGGACAUUUAGCAGUAAGAAUCCUCCUAGAUGGGUGUCCAGCAAGUAUAAAUUCACUAGCAAACUGAUUUCAAAGGCUGAGCCCCUUUCUAAAAAGAAGAAGCUUGUGGCUAAGGACUAUGGUCCGAAGAAUCCAGAUCAGGAAAUUAAACUGGACAUUCCUAUCAAUGUCCUAAAAGAAAAACAGGGGACCAUGGCCAAAGAAGAGAGCAGUGGGACUCAAAGGACUGAUAAAAUUGAUAAGAUGCUGGAAAUGACUCACAAUUUGACUGAAGAUGUGAAGCUUAUGAAAAAUGAACACGAAGCCAGAAUUGUCAAGUUGGAGAAGGGUAUGAACGAGUUAAAAGGCAAUCUCAGGGCUUUGGUGGAUAUCCAUAAAGAAACCAUGAAUAACAAUACCGAUGGUCUCAAAAAAAAGAAAUCUACACAAGCAUUUGUAUUAUGUGACAAAGAAAUUGAUGUCAAGUUAAUACUGGUAGCCUUUAGAGGAACACAAUUAUUUGAUGCAGAUGAUUACAUAACAGAUUUAGAUUUCUCUUGGUAUGAGUAUCCCCAAAUAGGAAAGGUCCAUUUAGGAUUUCUAGAAGGUUUCGAUCUAGCAAAUCGUUCAAUUGAUAAGAAAUACUCACAUCAUUUGGAAACACAAGACAUCAACAAACCUCUAGCCUAUUUUGUACUAUGUCAAAAGUUAAAAAACCUUUUACAAAUCCACAAAAAUGCAAAAUUCAUUGUGACAGGUCAUAGUAUAGGAGGAGCCUUAGCUAUAUUAUUUUUAGCAAUGCUAUUUGUGAAUCAGGAGGAUAAGUUGUUACAAAAGCUAUUGGCUAUUUAUACAUUUGGACAACCUAGAGUUGGUGAUAAAGCAUUUGUAGAUUUCAUGGAUAGUAAACUAAAUCAACCCACACCUAGAUAUUUUAGAGUUGUAUAUUCUAAUGACCUUAUUCCAAGAUUACCUUUCGAUGAUGGCCUAUUCAAGUAUAAGCACUUUGGAGUAUGUCUUUACUACAACUGCUUUUAUCAUCAAAAGAAUCUUGUGGAAGCUCCAAAUAGAGACCUCUCACUGCUGUUUUUCAUACCCAUAAGAAUAACUACCAUAUGGGAAUUGUUACACUGCUUCAUACUACAUUACAUUAAGGGAGAGAGCUUUAAGGAGACCGCACUUUCUAUUAUCUCCAGAAUAUUUGGAAUUUUGGUUCCAGGAAUUUCAGCACAUAGUCUAGUAAAUUACAUUAAUUCAAUAAGAUUGGGUCCUCCUAGAUUGAAUCCAACUUUGAGUAAUGCAAAAUGA